GUUUACGAGUAUGGAGAGAGAGAUGAGUGAAGACAGGAAGCUGUGCGGUUUACUGAACGAGAUGCGAUUGGACGGGUCGCUGUGUGACGCGGUGCUCAGAGUGGACGAAGUGGACUUCAAGGUCCACAAGAACAUCCUCUCGGCGUACAGCCCGUAUUUCAGAGCUCUAUUCACAAGAUGGAGCAAUCUGGAUCAGAGUGUGUACAACAUCAAUGGUGUAUCUCCAGAAAUCAUGGAUCUUAUAAUCCACUACAUGUACACGCAGGACAUUCAAGUCACCACUGAUGAAGUGGAGACUCUCUUGGCCACGGCCAAUUACCUGCUUAUCCAAGACCUUGUAAUGAGCUGCUGUGAAUUCAUACAGGAACAUUUAAACCCGGAUAACUGCUUAAGGAUUUGGCAGUACGCUGACACUCACUCGUGCUACGAGCUGCGGGAUCAGGCCUACAUGUACACGUUGCAUCACUUCGAGGACGUCGUUUUUUCACAGUCUGGAAAAUUCCUAGAGCUGACCGUGGAGCAGCUCAGUGACAUCCUGGAGAAGGAUGAGCUGAACAUCAAGGAGGAGAAAACAGCGUUCCAAGCUGUAUUCCUGUGGAUCAGGUAUGAUCCCAGCGUCCGAACGCAGCACAUAGUGAACCUGCUGCCGAAGGUGCGGCUGGCUCUGGUGACUCAGGAAUACUUCCUGGAAAAUAUAAAGAAAAACCCGGUGGUCAGCAGUGUGUGUGAGUGUCAACCCAUCAUCGCCCACGCCAUGAAGGCCAUGUACGUCUCCAACACCAGACACUCACAUCUGUUUACCCGUCCACGGCUCCCGUAUUCCAUCUUGUUUGCCAUCGGCUUCAGUGAGGAAUCUUCUAAGAACAUAGUGGAAACGUACGACUCGAGGCUGGACAGCUGGAUGUGCAUCUCCAGCAGAGAAGAGCAAGUUCGAAUAUAUCACGGCACAGUGUACUUUGAUGGUUUGGUGUAUGUUAUUGGUGGCUCUGACCUUGUGGAAUACUUCAACACCAUGUGCACAUUUGAUCCCCUGGAUGGAACGUGGAACGAGGCAGCGCCCAUGCACUCGCGCCGCGGCAAUGUUAGCGUUACCGUGCUGGACGGAUUCAUCUAUGCCAUGGGAGGCUUCGACGGCACCGUGAGUCUUAACACAGCUGAGCGUUAUCAACCAAGCACCAACCAGUGGAGCCUCAUCCCAUCCAUGCACGAGCAGCGAAGUGACGCCAGCGCUGCCACUUUAAAUGGCAAGAUCUACAUCUGUGGAGGCUUCAGUGAAAACAAGCAUCAUUUCACGGCUGAGUGUUUUGACCCUUAUUCUAAUCAGUGGACCCUGAUUGAGCCGAUGCACAUGCCCAGGAGUGGCCUAGGUGUCAUUGCGCUGAACAACCAAUUGUUUGCUAUCGGAGGUUUCGGUGGAUUCAGUCGGAUGCAGAGCAUCGAGGCCUUUAACCCUCGCACCAACUCCUGGAGGUUUCUUUCCCCCAUGCUUAACCCACGCAGCAACUUUGGCAUUGAGGUGAUGGACGGUCACUUGUAUGUGAUUGGUGGCUGCAAUAAUAAAGGCACAACCUCCAGAUGCGAGUACUACGAUGUGUAUAAAGAUGAGUGGUUCCAUGUCCAGAAUCUGAACAUUUCCCGCAGCGCAGUCAGCUGCUGUGUGGUUUCUGGGCUUCCCAACGUCACCGACUACACCACAGAACGUGAUGGUUUACUCUAGAUGCACAACUUUUAUUAUUUUUAUUAUAUUUUAUUAUUAUAUGUCAUGGUAUUAUUAAUUAAUUGCCUAUUUUAAGACAUAGAGUACAGAUUAGGAUUUAACCUCUAUCUGUCAUUUUAAACAUUUAUUUUAUUGUUUUAAUCAUCUGCGUAAUUCACCUGUGUUUAUGACACAAUAGUCUGUUAUCGGAAAUCUGUAUAAAUAUUCAGGAAUAACUCCUUUUUUUUAUUUAUUUAUUGCAUCUUUGGGAGCUCAGAGUUUAUAUUUAUAUACAGAACAAAUCAAUCAUAUUAUGUAUUAAGUAUUUAAUGUAAGUGUGAUGAGUAAAAGGUACUAAAAGUAAAAAAAAUCGAUUUCUAUAAGUGUAUAACGUUCAUUACGGGAAAUGUUACUUUAUACCUUUAAAACUACUCAGGUGUGUGUCAAUGAAUAUUAAAUGUUUUAAAAUGAAUAUAUAUGAAUAUAACAGUGUUGAUUUUUUUUGGUUCUUUUGCAUUUCAAAAAAAAAAAAAUAAAUCAAAUGUGCUUGGUGUUAAAACACAAGGUUUAAUAUAAAAUGUGUCUUAUAUGUAUAUAGAGUUGUUUUUUUUUACUUUUUAUAUGAA